GUCUUCGCAGUGACAGCUUCUUGAGCGGGCAUCACGGUGGUGAUAUUUGGUUGGAACUUCCAGAGACUAGGACAUCUUGUCUCUUUCGACGCAAAAUCCACGUUCUUCUUGCAACUCAAUGCCUUGCUUGGUCGACAAUAGUAAGCGUUGCCUGAUUCAGCGCCAAGCGGGCAUUUUUCGGCAAAUCCCGCGCCGCUGGUUGAUGUCACAUGCGCAAUAUCGCUCAGUCUUUGCAUUCACAUUGACUUGCGAAGAGAACAAUGCUUUGUGGGGGUGGCAGUCAUAAUGCCGACGCUAGAGGAGAGCAGGAGGCAGGUCAGAGAGGCGCUGGACCGGCAGACGCAGGAAGCUGAGCACAGUGACAUCCUCGCGAAUUUGCAAGGCGAGAUCGACAAGCACAAUGCGCUGAAGGACGACGUCAAGAGAUAUUGGCAUAAGAGCAGGAAGGAUGGUGGUGCGGAAGAUGAAGGCGACCCGGGACGGUCAAAGCAGUCGAUGAAGUUCCGCUUCAAAGACGGCGCAACCAAUGACCGUAAACGCAGGCAUCGCACGCACCAUGACCGCCACACUCGACAUCAUAAACGAAGCAAAUCCGACUACCCAGCUUCUCCCGAAGACGGCGCAGGGACCGAAUCAGCGCACCCUUUCCCGCGCGAGCCCGUAGACAUCGACGGACCAGCCGCAGGCUCCGGAAACGCAGCUUUCCGCGAUUCCCUCUUCGACGCUCUGGCCAAUGACGAGGGCGCACAGUAUUGGGAGAGCGUCUACUCUCAGCCCAUCCACGUCUAUCCGCGCCCCGCGGUCACGACACCACAAGGGCAGCUGGAGCAGAUGAACGACGAGGAGUAUGCGGCCUACGUUAAGACGAAGAUGUGGGAGCGUAAGCACCCUGAGAUUAUGCUUGAGCGGGAAAGGAGUGAAAGGCAGCGGAGGGAAGAAGAAGAGGAGCGAACGAGGCGGCGGGAGGAGUUCAUUAGGCGGAAGGAACAGGCUGCUUGGGAGAGGGCUGCGCGGCGGGGUACUAGGCGGGGUCACGGAUCAGAAGAGGGUGAAGGCGAGUAUGCGUUUGCUGGCGAAGCCAACAUGAAUCUUGAUACCCAAGCCUUACCAGCAAGUGAGUACUCGAAAGCCUGGUCCCGUUAUCUUGCAGCUUGGGACAGACUGAAGCUCGAACUGCUGGAUGAGCGCAACGCAUCGCAAACGAGUACACAGUCACCUUCGAAACGAAUACCCUGGCCCGUUCUCGACUCGAAGCCUGUCCUCCGCGCCAACAUUGAAGAUUUCAUCCUACACGCCCCAGUCGACGCCGGAAGAACGAGGCUGCAAAUCCUGAAGGCGGAAAGGGUACGCUGGCAUCCGGACAAGAUCCAGCAGCGCUUUGCCGGCGCGGUUGACGAAGGCACGAUGAAGCUAGUCACCGGUGUGUUUCAGGUGGUUGAUACGGUGUUUGAGGAAGAGCGGAAGCGUGUUGGAUGAUGAGAAGUGGAUUGGAUUUGAUGGUCACCAAUACAGCAAAGUAGUCGUGACACUACAGUAGUGUCUCGGAUUAGUCUGUUCUCAGUAAGCUAUGUAGCUGUAACUGAGCCGCAGUGUUGGCGUAUUGAUUGCCUUCUCUCAGGCAGCA